AUGAAACUUCUUAUCACCUUCUCUGCUAUCGUCUUCAUUUGGCAUGCUCCACUCGUCACUGCUAUUCCUGAAGACGUCCAACAGAUCGUUGUCGACUAUAUGAAUCGAGUCAGAGAGAGUUUUGCAGUAGCUCUUCCAGUUGCAAACAUGAAUGCGAUUGUUUAUAAUGCAUCUCUCGAGAAGAAAAUCUCCACUUGUACCGUGGCGGAGCAUGCAGCAAAAGAUCAUCGUGCGUUGCUCUUUCAAUCACUCAAUCUAGAAAAGGAAUCUGACACCAUCAGGGAUAUCGAUUCAAGAGAGGCUAAUGAUAUUAUGGAUCCAAAUAGCCGCAUUGCAGACAUAGAUGUGUCUCGUCAAUUUGUGCAUCCUCUUCAUGCUGGGAUCGGAUGUGUCAUCUUGAGAACGCCUUGUCCUUUCCCCGGUCAGCCUCGGAACGCUACGGACAAAGCCACAACAAUGUGCUUCUUUGGAGGACCUGAAAACAUGAAACCACUAGAUGGAUUGAAGAGAGGAAAACCAGCGAGCCAGUGCCCGAAUGGAAAAUCUGAGAUAAGCGAGUACAUGUGCAAAGCAAUCAAACUCUCUCUUUGCUCCAAGAAAAUCUCGAUUCAAAUCAAUAAUGCUCGUUUAUACUCUCAAAACGUUUCGGUUGUUCUGGGCAGUUUUUACCAAAAAAUCGAAGUGUCUUCUGAAAAUAGCAGAAAUACAUUUAGAAUCUUCAUUUAUUUCAACACUGGAAUAAGCAAGGAGUCUAAUAUUCAACAGUGUAAAAUUGAAGGGGUUACUGUACCAGUGAGUUCCUGCAGUUUAAAAAUCUCAACAUUCUGGGAUGAUUAUCGAGAAGGAGUUCUAUCGGUGAUUCAACAUCUAUUAAAGAUGUUUAAAUGCAAGAUUUCAACUGAUAGUGUUUACUAUAAUGAAGUUCAAUUACUACCAACUAUUUCUGAUUUGUUUGACUUACAACUGGAAUUCGAGACUCUCACUAUUCACCUUAAAAGAACAAAAUAUCAACAAUUGUUCUGGAACAAGAUAUCCAGUAAUUUUGGGCAGGUUGAGGAUCUUAGACUGGUAUCUUUUAUUAAGCCUGAUUUCAUCCCAGUUUUCAAUUCAUGGCCGCAGAAGAUUAGUAUCACAAGUUCCUAUUGGUUCACUCUGAAACCUCUUUUGACGUGCACUUCCACUACAAUUACACUCGGAGGGUCUUUUUUGGGAAACAAGGAUUUGGAUGUGUUACUCAGAAAAUGGAAGACUGGAGAGUUUCCGAAUCUAAAAUAUCUAAGGAUUCAUAGUAAAAAUAUGACAAACGAUGGAUCGACGAUUUUGGGAAUGAAACUAUGGGAUUUAGCCGGCGAGGUUAUCCAAACUGAUGAUAGAUCAAAGAAUGCUACUUUUAAAAUUGGCAUCCGACGUAUUGAAAUGUCUGUAACUCCAUUUGAAUAA